CUCCAAUGACUGACCUACCAAUUCUCAUCGCUGGCGCAGGCAUCAGUGGCCUCCUUCUAGCCCAAUACCUCCAACAACACCAGAUCCCGUACCGGCUCUUCGAACAAGAUGCCGCGAUCGACGCACGGAGCGGUGGCUGGGGGCUGACCCUGCAUUGGGCCCUGCCCGCAUUGCGCGAAUUGCUCCCGGAGCCCCUCGUCGCGCAACUGCCGGAGACAUACGUCAAUAAAGCGGCGGCUGCGCGGGGCGACACGGGACGCUUCCCCUUCUUUGAUCUCCAGACGGGAUCGGUCCUGUACAGGGUGCCCGCGGCGGAGCGAAUCCGGGUCAGUCGCGUGCGAUUGCGGCAAUUGCUGGCCACGGGGCUGGAGAUUGCGUGGAGGAAGACCCUCACGGCCAUCGACUCCACGCACGACAGAGUCACCGCUCAUUUCCACGACGGGAGCUCAGCCACCGGUCGUCUGCUGAUCGGAUGCGAUGGAGCGCGUUCCCGGACCCGCGCGAUUCAGUACCCCGACAGCCACGAGAUGGCGCCCUUGCCGGUGCAGUUGUUGGGGGGCUCGGCCCUGUACUCUGCGGAGGAGCUGGCCGGGGCAGAGGCUAUCGAUCCGUUCAUGUUCCAAGGGUCGCAUCCCGAGACCAACAUCUAUUUCUACUUUAGCAUCCUCGAUACACCGAACAACUUCCCAGACAGCAGCGAGGACCGAUACCGCUGCCAGGUCAUCGUCUCCUGGGCCGACGCCCAGGGGAUUCCGGUGCCCAGCGACAACGCAGCCAGGCUCGCCCUGAUGAAGUCCCUGACGGCCAAUUGGGUGGAGCCCUUCAAAGGGCUGGUCCAUCGGCUGCCGGACAGCACCGACGUCCGAUCCAUUCGGAUCGCCGACUGGUUGUUCCGGCCAGAGCAGGCCCCCGCGCAUCCGAGGGUCGUGCUGAUGGGCGAUGCGGCGCAUACGAUGACCAUGUUCCGCGGCGAGGGGGCGAAUAAUGCCAUUGUCGAUGUGCUGGAUUUGACCAGGCGAGUGGAUUUGCGAUCUGAGAGGUCACUGAGCACUGAUGACCUUCGCCAGUCGCUCCAGCGCUAUGAGAACGAUGUGCUCGCUCGCGCGGGGCCGAGUGUGGUCAACUCCCGGCAGGCUUGUCUCGAUGCCCAUGAGUUUGCACGCAUCGUGGAUGGCAGUCCGUUAGUGUCGGCUCGCUUG